UGUGAGCCUGGGCAGUGCAUUUCAAGAUGGACGCCGCCUUGGUGGAGCAUGUUGUCGCUGAUGCUGGAGCAUUUUUGAAAAGGGCCCCACUUCAGGAAAUUGGUCAAAAUAUCUACACACUGAAGGAUGUCGUCAAUGAAAUUCGGGACAAACCAACGAGAAGAAGCUUAGCCGUCCUCCCCUAUUCACUAAACUACAAGGAUCCUUUUCCUGAGCACGUCCGAUUCGUGACUGAGUUCUCCAAAAAGACGGGAGAUUACCCGAGCCUUUCUGCCACAGACAUUAAAGUUUUGGCACUGACCUACCAGCUUGAACUGGAGAAGGUUGGCUCCAAUCACCUGAAAUCGGAACCUGAUGUGAAGAUCAAGCUUUGCAGCACACAGCGACACCCAGAGGCUCCCGACAAUAUUGCCGGAUUCCACUUUCCUCAUAAACAGAAUUUCCCAGAGCCAAAUAUCAACAGUCAAGCCAACAGAGAGACAAAUGCGCACCAUCCGGCAGAGUCCAACAAUAACAUUUCCAAGGAAACAGACACCACAGAGUUUAACAGCUUUCAGUUUUGGAGAACGUCUUUGCCUAAUAUUGAAGCAGACCUCCUUGAGUUAUUGAAUAUCUCAGACACCCCAGAGACGCCUACCCCUACGCCAACUGUGGAUAAUAAUGUUACAUCUUGCCUCUCCGACACGGUAGAGUUUAACAGCUUUCAGUUUUGGAGAGCUCCUGUCCCUGGCCUUGACGCUGAUCUACUGGAGUUACUGGGUACUGACUCUGUCACGGCUGGAGAAGGUUAUGUGCCUGAACCAUCGCAGCCUUCAGAAGAGAACAACACGUCCACAGACUCUGGAAAGGGCAAAGAGUCAGAUGAAGUCAGCGCUGACUCUCAGGGAGAAAGUGAGGAGGAAGAGGAGGGGGGAAGCAGUGAGGAUGGCGAUGAUGAAGAUGAUGGUGGUGGCUGGAUAACUCCCAACAACAUCAAACAGGUCAAGUUGGAUGCUGGUCAUGGAAAACCAACUGCGGACGUUAAAGUUGGCUGUGUGACAACCGACUUCGCUAUGCAGAACGUUCUCAUCCAGAUGGGACUGAAUGUGCUUUCCCUGAAUGGUAUGCUUAUCAAGAACACCAGGAACUACAUUUUGCGCUGCUACGCCUGUUUCAAGACCACAACCAACAUGAACAAGUCCUUCUGUGCCAACUGUGGCAACAACACACUAAAGAAGGUGGCAGUGACCAUCAAAGAAGACGGGUCUAUGCAGAUGCAUUUCUCCAGAAACCCCAAAGUUUUAAAUCCAAAAGGAUUGAGGUACUCCUUGCCAAAGCCUCAGGGAGGUAAACAUGGCAACAACCCCCAGCUGGUGGAGGACCAGCCGUUUCCACAGCAGAGGGUGUCCAGAAAAGCACGGCAGAAGACGGAUAUCUUCGACCCAGACUAUCUGGCUGGUAACUCGCCCUUCACCGAGAACGAUAUCUACAGUCGCUCUGCUAAUUUGAACAUUCGGGAUCCUCAGCGCAUGGCCGGCGGGGGCUACCGUCGUUCCAACCCCAAUGCAGCCCGCAAGAAGUUUGUUAAAAAGAAGUAGGCACAGCUUCUUGGAAACGUAACAACGGCAUGCGGUGGCGGGACACUUCAGAAGGCCUAUUUUCAAGUGAAACUCCUUUGUUGUGCAUUUCCAGUAUAUGGAUGGUAACAUUUGUGUACUGUAUUUUUCUAUUAAUGAGCUCAUUCUUGUAUUAAUGUUUAAAUCGAUUGAAGUCAUGUGCAGCAUGCAAUUGGAAGUUUAAUUAAUAUUUUAAUGGAAACUAUGUUGAUUCCUACUAGGGUCAUUAAAAGGAUUCGUAACAUACUGUCGAAAUACAGGGAGGGAAAGACAGACUGACAAAAGAAUCACCACUGGGUGUUUUAUGUCUUCGGAUGAUCUCUUUCCCAUUGUAACAUGACAAUAUUUAUUAAACAUUUACAACCCAUUA